UAUGAGACGCGCGACCAAAUAAACCCUACCUUGAUGAUGAGUUGGUGGGCCACGGCGUUCUCACUAGCCAUAAUUAUCGUCCGCCUCUGUGGUCGGUAUGUCCGCAUUGAGAGAUUCUUCCCUGAAGACAAGGUCAUGAUGAUUAGUGUGUUCCCAUUAACCAUUCGCAUGGUCCUUAUCCAUUUCGUCCUUAUCUGGGGCACCAACAACACCCAGCUCGGACAGGUGACGACGGAUGAAAUAGCGAGGAGGGAAAUGGGAAGCAAAUUGGUUCUGGCGGCUCGGAUCUUCUAUGCUAUAUUUAUCUGGACGGCGAAACUUACCGUCUGUGAAUUCCUGAAACGCGUCACGGGAAUCGUCACGCGCCGCUCCAUCUCUAUCUUCCUACGUUUCAUCCAUUUCUUUCUUAUAUCAACCCUGGUUGCUGUUAUUAUUGCGACGCUAGCCGAAUGCCAGCCCUUCGACCAUUACUGGCAGGUCAUACCAGACCCGGGGCCUAGUUGUCGGAGUGGAUAUGCCAACCUCAUCACGAUGGGUACUUGCGAUGUCAUCACCGAUCUACUUUUGAUCGCCUUCCCUGUCCCGAUCAUCCUCAUGGCCCAAAUCCCACUCAAACGCAAACUUGCCCUCACCAUCCUAUUCUGUCUCUCUCUGAUCCUAGUCGCCAUAACCUGUUAUCGGGUUCCGUCGGUUAUUGAACACUCUGGCUCGCAACAAUACCGCUCCCUGAUUGCAUCAUUCGAAAUCCUUGCCGCCACAGCUGUCUCGAACAUGGUUGUUAUCGGUUCCUUCGUUCGAGAUAGCGGUGUCAAGAAACUUAAGUACAAACGCGAUCAAGGCUCUGCAUCCGUCACCGAAAGCAUGGACAACAGCACUAUUCGGCGCAAUACUGUCAUGCACUCUCAUUGGGGGAGUGAUUCCGAUCUCGCCACCGGCAUGGGAAUCAAACUUGAUCCCAAACUAUACUCCUCCACACCCGCAAGCACCAUACCGGUCCCUGCUCCUCCCGUACCACUUCUGGUCGCCCGCACCGGCUCCAUAGACCCAGCCUGGUCCUUCAACCAAGACCGCUCAUCGGACGACCAGGCCUCGAGUCCAGAUAGCCUUGACAUCAAAGUUAGUCCGCGCGAGUAUAUACAAACAAACCAAUCACCACGAGAAAGAGCAACUACCUCAUCAUCAAACCUCUCAUCCCGUCGUAUCUCUUUCUUCGAUGUCGGCGGUCUACUCAACCAAGAAGAGCCUCAAGUCCAACCUAUGCCUCGUUCCUUCACCCUCAUUCCAUCUCAUCCAUCCACAAACAAUCAGGAACCGCGAAGGAAUCGACGCGGGAGUCGAGCGUUCCUCGAAGAUCUCGGUGUUCUACCUCGCCCAACUCUAUCCACUGCACGGAGAGCAUAUACAUCGCCAGCUGCAUCGGAUACUGUAUCACACACUCUUCCACCUUACCGAGCUUCUCCCGUCGUCUCGCUUGAUGUCGAUGUCGAACUUCAAGAUGUCGGGGGCCUCUUGUCCAGGAACAGGACCCCCCCAUUCAUGACGCAUAUUAUUUGCAUAUUCCCACGCACGAUCAAUGAACUACAUCAGUUGGUUCAUUAUACAUGCCCUAUCUUUGACUGA